AUGGGGCCGCAAAACCAGAGUGCUGUGGCAGAGUUCAUCCUCCUGGGCCUCGCAGAAGGGAUGCUUGCCGAAACCGCCCUUUUCCUCCUCUUCCUGGCAGCCUACCUGGUGACCCUGGCGGGGAACGGCACGAUGGCAGUGCUGAUCGUCACUGAGUGCCGCCUGCACACCCCCAUGUACUUCUUCCUUCUCCACCUGUCGCUGCUGGACCUCUGCUACUCCUCAGUCACAGUCCCACAGAUGCUGACGCACCUCCUUUCCAGGCACAGAGCCAUCCCCUUUGCCCACUGUGCCUUCCAGAUGUGCAUCUUCCUGGCUUUCGGGAUGGCCGAGUGCGUGCUGCUGGGCAUCAUGGCCUACGACCGCUACGUGGCCAUCUGCCACCCCUUGCGCUACCCCGAGAUCAUGAGCCGGCGCUUCUGCAGCCGGGGGGCAGGCGCUGCCUGGGCGAGCGGCUCCCUCAGCUCCCUCAUUGUCAGCGCCUUUGCCCUGCGCCUGCCCUACCAUGGCCAGAACCACAUCAACCACUUCUUCUGCGAGGUCCCUGCGGUGAUCCGACUGGCGUCGGCCGACUACACUGAGGCAGAGGCAGCUGUCUUUGUCUUCGGCUCCCUCCUGCUGCUUCUGCCCUUCCUCCUCAUCGCCACCUCUUAUGCCCACAUCGGGGUGGCCAUCUGGCGCAUCCGCUUGGCUGCAGGUCGCCGGCGGGCCGCCUCGACCUGCACCGCGCACCUCCUAGUGGUGAGCCUCUUCUAUGGCACGGCGCUCUUUGCCUACAUGAGGCCCAGCUCAGCCAGCUCGGCGACAGGCCAGGGGAAGGCUGCAUCUGUUUUCUACGCUGUGGUGACCCCUAUGAUGAACCCUCUCAUCUACAGCCUUCGAAACAAGGAGGUGAAGGAUGCCUUAAGGAAAUUAUUGAGUCGGAAAAUAUUCUCACCAGAGACAUGA